AUGGUGAACGCCGCAAGUAAUCUAAGAAAUCUGUGUUUUGGAGUUCUCAAGAGUAUUAACAAGAAAUACGAGAGGGAGAAAGACGUCAAGGAGGCAGAGGAAGAAGGAGAAGUGGAGAAUGCUGAAGAAAAGGAAGAGGAAGAUGGAGAAGGGGGUGAAGGAAUAAUCCGUAAAGGGGAAGGUAUAUCUGGCGAAUACUGUGGAGAGGAUGAAGAAAUGGGUAGCGCUCAAAACCACGCGACAGAUAUUGGAAGCAGUGUAGAAAAGAACACUAAGACGGAUUAUACGUUUGAUGGUAACAAUUGUGGGGACGGAAACGAGGAAUAUGCUACAAACAAUGAGCAACACUACCACGAUGGGGAGGAGAAGUUUUCACUUAAUGUGAGUACCGGUGGAGUUAGUUCCAGUAGCACCACUGCGACUCCCCCCUGUGAAAUCAAAGCGGAUGACCCCAGUUACUGCACCAAUGGUAGCAACCAUCGGGAGGAAAGCUCAAAUUUAGAUUCCACUAUGUUUGAAGGGAUCCAUAAAGUGGCAAAUAUAUUCCUUGAGGAGAAAAACAGAGGGGGUCUCGUCGGUGACAGCUUAAAUGCAGAUGUGAACCUUAACACGAAUGCAGACAUGAGUGUCCAUCCGUUCAAAAAUUCGAGUGCAUAUGAUGAGUGGAAGGUGUGUGAUGCUCCCGUUAUGCAGAGCAACUUCAGCGCGGGCAACAGCAGCGAAGCGUGCAAUACCGUUGAAGCGUGCAACACUGUCGGAGCUGGAAAACCCGCGAGCACGCUCAGCACCGACGGAUAUAACAACGCGAGCUACUUGUACCCCAGGGAAAUCCACUUACGUAACGACGUUGGGAAUGACGGUGUGGCAAACAACGUGACCGUAGCGACAACAGAACAGACACAAUCCAGCGGCAAGGAUCCAAUGUGGAAGGAAAAGUACAAGGCAGGAGAAGACGGGUGCGAUAAAAGUGGAAGAAAAAUAUAUAAUCCUGACGCACCUGAAAAAAUAAUGCGGAAGAAAAUAAGAGCACAAAGAGAUAUGCAUGACACUGCAUUAACAGCUAAUUCAGUUAAUGUGGAAAGGAUACUAAUGGAUUAUUAUCGUGAGAAGGUUAACUCCAAUAAUUAUGAAGAGAAGCUAUCCAAUUCUUGUCGCUUCUUCAUUUCAACAUCGAAUCCAUACAACUAUGAUAUAAAGAUGAUUAAGGAGAAUUGCCUGACGAUAUAUCAGCUUCUAUAUAAAGAAAAGAAAAAGUGGUGCUCUAUCUACAUUUGCACAAAUGAUGGACCCAUGUCAAAUUUUAAUUACCAUUUAUAUAAGAUUCUGUGCGGAAAGGAAGACAUUUAUAUGUACUUUUUUCUGUUGAAGAAAUUUAUAUUUUCUUGUUAUAUAUAUUUCAAUUUAGUAAGCAUAAAGAUUUUUUCAACCUUUACUAACAAGGGGGAGAAUAUUAUGCUUUACGACUUUACGCACAUAAUAAAUGGGAAGAAUACUUUUUUAGGUGAGUCUUCGAAGUGUUUUGGUGGACCUUGCGUCAGCGGAGAUCUCGGCGGGGAGGUGUCUAGUACGUCGGGUGGCGCUGAGCAUAAGCAGCAGCGGGAGCAAUUGUCACAGAAGUCGCCAAGGCAGUCUCCAAUCCAGUCCCCAACGCAGUCUCCACGUCAGUUGCCAAUCCAGUCUCCACACCAGUCGCCAAGGCAUUCAUCACCACAGUUACUACCACAGUUGCCAUCGCAGCAGCUGCGGCCACAUCUGCCAACCGUGGUGGAGGCCGAUCAGGGGGAAAACCAAGCGGAGGAAUGGAACCGAGAAACAGAAACUCCCCAUCAGAGAAACAGGAGUAGCAACAUAUACAACCUAAAGAGUGAAAACAACAAAAGUGAAGAAGAGGCCCAAUUUUUAAAUUUUCUAUAUGACCCAUGCAAGCAUUUAUAUGUGAACAAACUGAAUGCCAGUGAAAAUUAUUUUCACUUUUUCAAUAAGGAGGAAUCGUCAGAUAUAAAAAAAAAACUGAAGCUUUUUAUUAGUACCCAUUCCCCCACGAUGAUUAAUAUUACCAAAAAAUGGAACUCCUUUUACAUUAACAAGAAUAAAAUUUCUUCCUUUGUUGAGAAAUACAAAGAUGUGAAUUAUUCCCCUGCAGAUAACUUAAGAAAGAAUGGCACCGAGAAGUUCAUAAGUGAAUUUGUCGAAACGUUUUGUGUGAUGAUAGACGAGGUGCAAGCACCCCGGGAAAACAAAACCAAUGUAGUGAUUCGUCAACAUAGUAAAGGAAUGCAUCUUGGAAGGGGAAGGCCCUCCAAAAAAGCCUUCACUUGGAUGACGAAACAUGGAAGGGGGAGACCAUCUAUAGCGAAGAAGGAAUAUGAUGCUGGGAACACACGUUGGCCACACAAACUGAGGAGAGCAUUUACUACUGCAGAUGAAAUUACGGAGAUGAACGACAAAAACUGCAGUCGUGAUAGAAGCGGUAGAUAUGGAAAGCGCUUAGGAAAAAGCUACGAACACUUUGAUGAAAAGGCAAGGAGUGUGUCCAUGGUAGAGAGCACGCACCAUUAUACGGGUGCGAAGUUCGAAUGGGAAGAUAGAACUGCAGAAGAGGGGAAGAACACCUCCAAUGCAAAGGAUCAACCUGAAGGGAAUAAUCCCCCCAGUGAAGAUGCCAUCAUGAAGGGGGAAGAAACUACUGAAAGGAAAAACAAGAAAGCUCCUCUGCCCGUGGUGGAACCGAAGAUGGUACCGAAUUAUACUCCCUCUUCGCAGUGGUACAAGGGAGGCAGGAGCACUUCGGGGUGCACUGCGGAAGUGAUUGCAAAGUUCUUGGGAAGUGUAAACAUUAGAAGAAGUAGAAUCUUACUUCGUAAGGGUAGUGGAAGUAGCGAUAGCGACACUAAUGAUAAUGGAAGCGCUAAGGAGAGCGAAUUUAACGAGGAUAGUUGUGACAGUGAUGUGCAGAACACCGAGAUUGAGUCUGGUUACGAGGGGAAGAAAAAUAUGAACAAUGAGGAAGGGGUUACCGCAAGGGGGGCGGAAAGUGGAGCUGCGAAAGGAGCGCACGGAGACAAGCGUAGUAGCAAAGGGCACCUUCGUAACAAUAUUUUUUUAAACAACUUAAACAUACUGAUAACAGAUUUAAACGAGCUGUAUGAUUAUUUGGAGAACUUUCGAUACGGUGAGGUGACACGUGGCGGCGGUGUGGAGGUGAAUAAUAAUAAUUUUCCUGCCAACGACCCCAGGGGAAGCUAUAACAAUAAUCUAGCCAAGGGGGACAAUGGAAGCGGCGAUCCUGAAGGAGCAGAGGAAUCCAAUCAUGCACAGCAGGGGAAGGAUGAGGGAGAAGUAAGUACGGGAGAUUUGAACAGAAGGUUUAAAGCAGAGAGGGACUUUGGAAACUUGUACACCAUAGGGACAACAUGCGUAGAUGGUGGUACACACAGCGAUGCAGCGAACAGCGAAACGAACAAAACAUAUGGAAGCGGGAAGGAGGAUUUUUACAACGUGGAAAUUUCCUCAGUAGACUUGAAGAGCUUUUGUUCUGUGUGCUCAGGAAUUCAAUAUGAUAAUUUUGGAAAUAAUUUAAAUGAAGGAAAAAAUGGAAAUUACAAAAAAUUGGAUGUUUUUAUGAAAGAAAGUGAUUUUUUCUGUAAUUGUAAUAACCUGAAUAUUUUUCACAAUGAAAAUGGGAACCCUAAUGAUGAUUUAAAAAUUUGUUUCAAUGGAGAAAUGACUUCAGAAGAAUAUUACAUGUUAAGAAAGAAUGAUAUUGAAAAAAUGAAUAGGACUAUAGAUGAAAUUAUCUAUAUGAAUCAUCAACAAGGACUGGGAGGAAGCGCUGGUGAAGGCACCGAUGGAGGAUUAGCAUACGAGGAGGAUGAUAACGGUAACGAUGAUGAUGAUGGUGAUGACGAGGAUAGUGACGACGGUGAUUAUGAUGAGGAGGAUGAGGUGGAAGAUGAAGGUAGAACUAAAGUUGUCGUAAGGACUAGAAGGAGAUCCUCAAGUGUUGGUGGAGGGGUAGGUAUAACCACCGGGCCUGGAAGAAGAAGAGGGCGUGUAGCCAAAAUGGAACUUAAGAACAGAUACAUAGGAAGAGGAAAAAAUAAAAUGUGGGCCAGUAACACUGCGGCGAAAGACCUAAACAACAAAUCAGCAACGAAUCGAGAGUUAAGAACUAUGAGAAGAAAUAAAUUUGGAAAAUAUCAUCAACAGACGGAAAAAAAAAACAAAAAUGUGAAAUCUUUGUCGCCUUCACAAAAUUAUGAAAUAAAAUCUUCAAGAGUUAAGAAGCUAGAAAAAUUUACAAGCGUUGAUCAGGAAAAUCUGCGAGAGGUUUUUGGACCAACCGGUGUUUCUGGAGUCUAUUUUGAAAAAAGCAGAAGCAGCUGGACAGCCCAGUAUAAAGUUAGCGGUGGGAAGAGGAGAGCCAAAAGAUUUCUGGUUACCAAAAAUAUGACCUACGAGGAAAUUGAAAAUGUCAAACAACAGUGCAUAGCGUAUAGGAAGCAAAUGGAAAAGGAAUACAUCAAAGAAUUCCUCGAUGAAGAUAAGAAGAAAACCCCUUCUAGUGUCACCAGCCCUAGCAGUGCGAUUGGGCUGGUAUCGGUUAAAAAGAACAAACGGAAGAGGAAGAUGAAGAGCUUUUACGACAACUAA